ACUGCAGAACAUUCUCGAAUACACCCGACCAGCUUUUUGUGGUGUCUGAAUAAGAGAGAGAGAGAGAGAGAGAGAGAGAGAGAGAGAGAGAGCGAUCACAGGCGAAUUGAGCACUUUGUUUCUCUGGUUGGGUGGGAUACAGAGUGAGUGAUAAUGGGGAGGAGCUAUAGUUACAGUCCAUCACCACCAAGGAGAAGGUACAGAAGCCCAAGUCCCGUGGGACACUACAGAGGUCGGAGUAGAGAUCCCUCAACCAGUCUACUUGUUCGCAAUCUCCGGCUCGACUGUCGGCCGGAUGAUCUCCGUAGACCAUUUGGGCGGUUUGGUCGUCUCAAGGAUAUCUACAUACCUCGUAACUAUUACACUGGGGAGCCUCGCGGAUUUGGCUUUGUGCAGUACUAUGAUCCUGCUGAUGCUGCAGAUGCAAAGUAUCAUCUGGAUGGCUAUGUUCUUCUAGGCCGCGAAAUCACUGUGGUGUUUGCAGAGGAGAACAGAAAGAAGCCUUCUGAAAUGAGAGAACGAUCAAGGGGAAGGACAUCUACGAGAUCUCCAUAUGGUUACUCCCGGUCUCCUGGCUAUUCACGUUCGCCAAACUACAGAAGGAGCUACUCACGUUCGCCAGUCCACAGGAGAAGCUACUCACGUUCGCCAGUCUACAGGAGAAGCUAUUCACGUUCGCCAUAUGAUGAAAACCGUUCAAGAUCUAUUUCACCGGGGGAUAGGAGGCGAAGGCGAUCGUACUCAAGAUCAAGCACAAGAUCUCGCUAUGAGUCGAGAAGCAGGAGCCAGAGUCCUGGAUACUCUCGCUGAUUUGCUAUAUAACCCAAGAAUGUGAAGAUGGGGUGUGGUCUCUCUCACACUCUGCUUGUUUAGUUCAUGUAUGAAAAAAAUAAUAAACCAUAGUUUGGAGUUAAGAGGACAAACGUAUCUAUGAGUUCCAAAAAAAAAAAAAAAAAGAGGACAAACGUAUCUACUAUCUAUGGCUUGGUUUCCUUUUAGUGACAGCCUUUUGUAUGUUCACGCGUGACAUCUAUGCCUACUUAUUGUGUUGUACCA